CUUUGCUAAGUAUACGUUUUGACCUUUUUGACUGGAAGAGCUUAUUUGGAGCAAUGACAGACUCACGGCGCCGCGCUGCCUCCUGCUCGUCGGACGAGGCCGACUGGCGCGCAUGCGUGGAGUAUGAGACGAAGCGCGUGGUAGUGGGUGACCUGGAGGUGCAGGUAUUUCAGAUGGAGGAACUUCCGGUGGCUGCAUCACUAUUCAUGCUGGCCGAGAUGGAUGCCAACGUGACGGAGAUCUCGGGCACACGCCUCUGGACGGGCUCGCAUUUCCUCUCACGGUAUCUAUGGCGCCACCCUGAGCACGUUCGUGGCAAACGUGUAUUGGAACUGGGAGCUGGUACUGGCAUCUGCAGCAUCGUGUCGUCCAAGCUCGGAGCUGUCAAAUGUUUGGCUACUGAUGGUGACGAAGAAGUGGUGGAAUUGCUCACCAAGAAUAUUCAGGUGAACGGGGCGGAGGGCGUAGUGACUGCUCGCUCGCUGUUUUGGGGUGAUGAACCAUCGGCGCAGACAUUGCUGGAGGAAUUCCCAGGUGCGCUGACGGAAGUGGACGUUGUGCUAGCCGGUGACGUUUUGUAUAAAAGCGAGUUGUUGCCGCUACUUUUUGCCACCGUAACGCGGGUGCUGACUUCGGAUGAUGACAUCGAGCGAGCGUUUGUACUGUGUCAUAUUCCUCGUGCCGAUGUAACCCACGACCUCGUACAGAAGCAGAUCAUAGACUCGGGCCUCAAAUUUGAGGAGGUUAAGCUGCCGGCAGAAGAUGUUGCAGAUGCUGCUGCAGAGCUGGAAGAAUGUCCCGUAGAGGAUGUCGAGCGUGCAAGGCUGUAUUAUAUCACCAAGUAAAGAGCCGAGGGAUGAAGCAUGCCAAGAGCUUUCAGAAUAGCAGAAUAGAAAAUUAUCUUU